AUGAACAGUGUGGAGGAUUUACUGGCUGAGGAAGAAGCAAGUGGUCCUAGAGAUUUACGGAGUAGAUACUUGAACGCAAUAACUUUGGUGCAGCGGUUUGGAAAACCAGAUUUGUUUAUAACUAUUACAUGCAAUCCUAAUUGGCCAGAGAUCAAACAAGAACUUGCUCCUGCAGAGCUUGCCCAAAAUAGGCCAGAUUUAAUUGCAAGGAUUUUCCAUGCAAAUUUAAUUGCUCUUAAGAAGCAAAUCAUGGAGGAGAAAUUUUUUGGAGAGGUUGCUGCAUUGAUAUAUGUUGUUGAGUUUCAAAAACGUGGCCUUCCUCAUGCUCAUAUUUUAUUAAUAUUGGCUCCCGGUUAUAAGAUUAAAGAUGCAGCAGCUUUUGAUAAGUUUGUAACUGCAGAGAUCCCCUCAACACAAAAUCCUCACUUAAGGCAAGAUGUGUUGUCUCACAUGAUGCAUGGCCCUUGUGGGAAGGCAAAUCCUGAAUGCUCGUGUAUGAAACACAAAGGCCGAUUGGGUGUUUGUAAGUAUGGAUAUCCAAAACCAUAUGUAGCUGAGACAAUUAGCCAUGAGGAUGGGUAUCCUAUGUAUAGAAGACGCGAUACUGGGGAAACAGUAAUGAUUCAAAGGAAGCCUAUGGAUAACAGGUGGGUCAUUCCAUAUAAUCCGCAUUUGUUAGCACUUUAUGAUUGUCACGUGAAUGUUGAAGUGUCUUCUACAAUUCGGGCUGUAAAAUAUCUUUACAAGUAUGUCUACAAGGGGCAUGAUCGUAUUUCUUUUAAUGUUUCUUCUGUGGAUAAUCCAAAACCCAGAGAUGAAAUAGGGAAGUUCCAAUCAGGGCGUUGGGUUUCUCCUUGUGAAGCUGCAUGGCGUCUGUUCAGUGUUGGACUCUUUGAAAUGAUACCACCAGUAUUGCCUCUUCAAAUCCAUCUUCCUAAUUUGCACACUGUUCAAUUUAGGCCAGGUGAAAGUCUAGAAUCUGUUGUGAACGACAGCAAAAGGCAAAAAACUGCUCUGACAGAGUUCUAUGCAAUGAAUGCUGCAAAUCCAGAUGGUCCGCAAUAUUUGUAUUCAGAAUUCUCAGAGCAUUUUGUUUGGACAGCAUCUGCAAAGACUUGGACUAAGCGUGAGACUAAAAAAAAGGUUAUUGGUAGGAUGGCCUUUGUAUCCCCAUCUGAAGGUGAACGCUAUUAUCUGCGCCUUUUGCUUGCAAAUGUUCGUGGACCUAAGUCUUUUCAAGAUCUAAGGACUGUUAAUGGCUACAUUCAUGCAACUUACCAAGAAGUUGCUGUCAAGCUUGGUCUUGUAGUUGAAGAUGAUGCUGCGGACUAA